GCGGAGACCCCCGCAGAGCCGGUCAUCAUGAAGGACGAUGAGGGUAAAGAGGAAGACGUGUCGGCUUCCGUCGAACAGGCCGUGGUGUGUAGCAUUGGAGCCUACGUUUGUUUGAUAUUGAAAAUUGAAUUCCAGGAAGCGGAUGCUCCUGUUCCCGAAGUCGCAUCUACCGUGAGUUGCCUUCCUCCAAGAUCCUUCCCGUGUCCUUGCACUGACGCUCCCAUAGCCCGAAGAAAGCGCCCCUGAGCCUGUGAGUUCUCUACGCUAACCUUCGAAUUCCCUGCUGUAACAUUAUUGAGGCUGCCGAACCACCAAAAGAGGAGGAAGAGGCCAAGUAGGCAACUAGACCAGAGUAUAUACUGUGUGAAAUCAGCGAUAUAUUCU